AUGGUUAAAAUCUUUGUUACGGGCGCGACUGGUUAUAUCGGAGGGGACGCCUUGCAUACCAUGGCCAAGGCACAUCCGGAUUAUAAAUUCUCUUGUUUAGUGCGAAGCGCCGAAAAGGGAGCCAUUGUUACCAAGGAGGUACCCUCAGCGCGCCUCGUCUAUGGAGACCUCGAUGAUUUCGAUUUGCUCGCAGAUGAGGCGUUCAACGCAGACAUCGUUUGCCAUUGGGCGUCUUGUGAACACCUUGCCUCUGCCCAAGCCAUUGCGGCUGGAUUGAGCAGGAAAUCAGCUGCCAAGCAAGGCUUCUGGAUUCAUUUAUCGGGGUCGGACAUCAUCUGUUUCCCUGACGUGGAUGCCGAGGACUACGGAGUUCAGAAGGACAAGAUGUUCGACGACUGGGACGGUCUCGGCGAAAUCCUCUCUGUCAAGGAGACUGCGGCUCACCGAGAUGUUGACUUGACGGUUCUAGGCGUUGACCCCUUGAAGGCAAAGACUGCCAUCGUGUGCCCGCCGACCAUUUAUGGACCCGGUCGAGGUCCAGGAAACAAGAGGAGCAUCCAGGUGCCCGAGCUGGCUGCGUAUACGAUGAAGAGAGGUGCCGGCCUCACGGUUCAGGGUGGUCGGAAUAUCUGGAGCACGGUGCACGUCCAGGACUUGUCGAAUCUUUUCCUAAAGCUUGUGGAAGAGGCUGUCAAGUGCGGAGGUGUGGCUCACUGGGGAGACAAAGGCUUUUACUUCGUGGAGAAUGGCGAACUUGUCUGGGGAGACAUCGCCCAAAGGAUUGCGGAAGAGGCGUAUAAGCAAGGCUUCGUCAAAACUACGGAGCUGCAGUCUUUAAGCGCGGGAGAAGCGGAUGAGGUCUGGCCCUAUGCGUCUUUCUUCUGGGGUACAAACUCCCGAUGCAAGGCUAUCCGAGCCAGGAACGUCCUCAACUGGACGCCACAGCAGCAACCUGUUUAUGAGACCAUCGCUACCGUUGUUGCUCAGGAGGCCAAGGCACUAGGUAUUGCUAAAUAA